AUGAGGACGGCUAAUCAGGCUAGAGAAGCCGUAAGAUGCUAUAUCAAUGUUCAACCUCCUUUAGGAAGAGCAGCGUACCACCGCAAGAAAGAAAAACCUGCUAAUAUUAGUUAUGCAUUAUUUGAGCGAAGAAGGGUAAUUGCUUUUAUUAGUAUUAUUGUCGAAGAUAAGCCUUUGAAAGGAGAUAAAUUGCGAUAUCUGAACGGUUCAGCAAAAACCAAGAAACGACCUUCUUUACCCCGCAUUAGCAACAGACAAAACUCUAUCCUUGAUAUUGGACAAAGUUACUCGCUAAAUUCUCCGAACACUGAUGAGAAUACUUCCACAAACAAAGUAACAAGAGCACGUGCAGAAAAUGGACUAGGUCACGAACAAAUUGAAAAUAAUCGAUUGUCGAAUGGUUUAAGUGUACAAGGCAAACAAGAACCUUCGAUACAAACAUCAGGACGUUCAAUUAAAAGUAGUAUACCGUUAAGUGUUUCACACCAACAUAUGGAUUCAAGCCAAAAUGGACACUUGUCGUCUUCAAAUCGACAAAAUUUUCCACGUCAAAUCAUUGAUUAUAGAGCAAUGCUUAAUCAAGAGACACGUUUACCUUUGGAAGAGAAUAAUCACCUUUCAGAAGAUCCACAAGAGCGUUUACUGAAACCCCUGGGAAGUUAUUUAGGCUAUACGGGGGAAUGGAGAAGCCUAGCCUUGACCAUAUCACGUGAUAUAUUCCUUCAGAAUCCUAAUGUUCGGUGGGAUGAUAUAAUUGGUUUAAGUUCAGCGAAACGUCUUGUAAAAGAAGCUGUUGUAUAUCCAAUUAAAUAUCCUCAACUGUUUGCUGGAAUACUGUCACCUUGGAAAGGAUUACUACUGUACGGACCUCCAGGUACAGGAAAAACUCUUUUAGCCAAAGCUGUAGCAACUGAGUGUAAAACAACAUUUUUCAAUAUUUCUGCAUCAACCAUUGUCAGUAAAUGGAGAGGGGAUUCAGAGAAAUUAGUUCGUGUUCUAUUCGAGUUGGCUAGAUUUCAUGCGCCUUCAACUAUAUUCCUGGAUGAAUUAGACUCUUUAAUGUCACAAAGAGGUUCAAUAUCUGGAUGUAGUACAUCCGGGGGCGGUGGAGGUCAAGGCAUAUCUAUGGGUAGUGAACAUGAAGGUUCACGUAGAAUGAAAACAGAAUUAUUAAUGCAAAUGGACGGGUUAGCUAAAUCUGAUGAUUUGGUCUUCUUGUUAGCAGCUUCUAAUCUGCCAUGGGAAUUAGAUCAUGCAAUGCUGCGUAGAUUAGAGAAAAGAAUUCUAGUCGAUUUACCAAAUAAAGAAGCAAGAAUGCGUAUGUUUGAAACAUUUCUUCCUCCAGUUAUUGGACAAGAAUCAUCAAAUGGAUUACAGUUGAAGUGUUUUCUAGAUUAUGAAUUAGCUGCAGAGUUAACUGAAGGCUAUUCUGGAUCUGAUAUACGUUUAGUGUGUAAAGAGGCAGCCAUGCGUGUUGUACGAAAAAUAUUCGAUAUACUAGAAAAUUGUGCCAGUGAAAAUCUUCCUCAAACGCACAUCCAUCUUGACCCGAUUACAACAGAUGAUGUUAAAGCUGCCAUAGCUUCAACAAUGCCAUCAGCUAGACAACUUGCUGAUAAAUAUGUUGAAUGGAAAGAACAAUACGGUUCUACAUAGUAAAUAAUACAUAUGAAUAUAUACCUUCAAGUAGAGACUUUAUUUAUAAUCUUUCUUGAUAUUCUUAUCUUAUCUCACAAUCUCUACACACACACCUAAAUUUUAUUUCUCUUUUCCAAUGUCUUUCAUCAUUAUU